CCAGAGCAAGAGGAAAUACCAAUGAGAAGUCUCUUCACUCGCAACACCAAUGGCAUGGAUAGAUCUUCCGGAAAAACAACAGACAGGAAAAGGCGAAUCAAGCUCGUCAAGUCAUAUGCCCCCGACUGGAUCAUAACUAUAGUACUUGCUAUCGUCUUCUUCGCUCUCAAUGAUAUUCAUGGAUUCAGAAGAGACUUCUCAGUUAAUGACAUCUCGAUACGCCACCCCUAUGCUGUACACGAGCGCGUACCGGAUGUCGCGUUGUACAUGAUCGCUGUAGCUUCACCAAUCGUACUCCAGCUUGUCAUUAACCUCUUUACCGUCCGAUCAUUUUGGGACUUCCAUAACAGUGUUUUAGGGUUGAUAUUGGGAUUGGCAAUUACUGGAGGUAUCACGCAGUUUACGAAGAUCACCGUCGGCCGUCCUCGUCCCG